AUGGAGAGGAUGCAGGGCGAGAGAGAGGUGGAUCACCUGGAGCGACCAAGCCCACUGACUGACAAGGAAAGGGUGGUCCUCCAGGAUUCCUGGGCAAAGGUUUAUCAGAACUGUGAUGAUGUUGGAGUGGCCAUACUCAUCAGGUUCUUUGUCAACUUUCCCUCAUCAAAGCAAUACUUCAGCAAUUUUAAGAACAUAGAACAGCCAGAGGAACUGGAAAAAAGUGCCCAGUUAAGGAAUCACGCUCGAAGAGUGAUGAACAGCAUCAAUACACUGGUGGAGAACCUCGAGAAUCCGGACAAGGUGGCCUCAGUGUUGAAGCUACUCGCCAAAGCCCAUGCGCUUCGACACAAAGUGGAGCCCGUUUACUUUAAGAUCCUAAGUGGUGUUAUCCUGGAGGUUUUGGGGGAAGCGUUCCCAGAGGCAGCAGAAGUGGCUGAAGCGUGGACUAAACUCUUGGGUAUACUCUACUGCAGCAUCACAACUACCUAUGAGGAAGUGGGUUGGUCAAAGCUCUCAACCGCAACCGGAUAA